AUGAGAGAUGGGAAUUCCAAGAAAAGCAAGCUCUCUUGGUCAAAAAGGCUGGUUAGGAAAUGGUUCAAUAUAAAGGGAAAAACCGAAGAAUUUCAGGCUGAUGAAGUUGUUCAUGGAGGAGGUGGCGUUGAACGGAGGAAUAGCUUCUCUGAGAGUGAGCCCUGCACAAAUAAGAAAAGUAGAACAGAAAGAUCAAGCAAGAAUACGGAGCGUGUCCGGAGAAGGAGAGUUGAUCUUGAUCACCCUCAAAUUAUAAAUGUCCAAAACCAUAGCAUCUUUGUGGCUACAUGGAAUGUUGGUGGAAAGUCCCCACCAAGUAACUUGAAUCUAGAUGAUUGGCUUCAUGCCUCCCAUCCCUCAGACAUAUAUGUACUUGGAUUUCAAGAAAUAGUUCCGUUGAAUGCUGGUAAUAUUCUGGGGGCUGAAGACAACGGCCCUGCCAAAAAAUGGGAAGCUUUAAUUCGUAAAACUCUAAACAAUCUUCCAGGAAGCAGCGGACGUAGUUCAUGCUAUACACCUUCUCCCGUCCCCAAUCCAAUGGCCGAAUUGGAUGUGGAUUUUGAGGGAUCAACCAGGAAGAAGGCGUCAUCCUUCUUCCCGCGCCGAUCAUUCCAGACACCCCACAGCUGGAGAACAGACAAUGACCCGUCCAUCCCACAACCACGCCUUGAUCGGCGAUAUAGUGUUUGUGACCGGGCAAUCUUUGAUCAUAGGCCAAGUGACUUUGAUUCUAACAUCCGAUGGGGUCAGAGGCCAAGUGACUGUUCCUCGGGUCAGAGGCCAAGUGACUACUCCUGGGGUCAGAGGCCAAGUGACUAUUCUCACAGGCCAAGUGACUACUCUUGGGGUCAGAGGCCAAGUGAUUAUUCCAGAUGGGGUUCAUCUGACGAUGAUUAUGGGCCUGUAGAUUCACCUAGCACCGUUUUAUUCUCACCAAUGUCCAGUGGCGGAUAUGCACCGAUGGACGAUGGAUAUAGAAGGCCUGGGCAAUCAAGGUACUGCUUAGUUGCAAGUAAGCAAAUGGUUGGCAUCUUUCUCAUGAUUUGGGUAAGGAAUGAUUUGAGGGAACAUAUUCAGAACAUGAAAAUAUCCCGUGUUGGCAGAGGAUUGAUGGGUUAUCUUGGGAAUAAGGGGUCUAUUUCAAUCAGCAUGCUAUUGCAUCAAACAAGCUUUUGCUUUAUUUGCAGUCACUUGACCUCAGGACAGAAGGAAGGGGAUGAGCUAAGAAGGAACUCAGAUGUCAUGGAGAUCCUUAGGAAAACAAGGUUUCCACGAAUUCAUGGCAUGGGUGAUGAGAAGUCCCCAGAAACAAUCAUUGAACACGAUCGAAUUAUUUGGCUUGGAGAUCUAAAUUAUCGGGUUGCCCUCUCAUACCGGACUGCAAAGGCACUUGUUGAGAUGCAAAACUGGAGAGCACUGUUAGAGAAUGACCAGUUGCGAAUAGAGCAGAGACAGGGCCGUGUUUUUGAGGGAUGGAAAGAAGGGAAGAUAUAUUUCCCACCAACUUAUAAAUAUUUGAAUAAUUCGGACAGAUAUACAGGGGAUGCUAUGCACCCAAAGGAGAAACGAAGAACGCCUGCCUGGUGUGAUCGCAUUUUAUGGUAUGGAGGCGGCCUUCAGCAAUUAUCUUAUGUCCGUGGGGAAUCUAGAUUCUCCGAUCAUAGGCCAGUUUCUAGCAUAUUUUCGGUAGAGGUUGAGUUGGUCCCCAGUCGAUUGAGAAAAAGUAUGAGUUGUUCAGGCUCCAGAAUUGCAGCAGAGGAGCUGUUGCCAUAUUCCCAUGGCUACACUGAACUCUGCUUUUUCUGA